AUGGGGAUGAACUCGGACCUCAAGGCUCAGCUCAGGGAGCUGAAUAUUAGGGCAGCCAAGGAAAUUGAAGUUGGUGGUGGUCGGAAAGCUAUCAUAAUCUUUGUUCCCAUUCCUCAAUUAAAAUCUUUCCAGAAAUUCCAAGUCCGGCUAGUACGCGAAUUGGAGAAAAAGUUCAGUGGGAAGCAUGUUGUCUUUAUCGCUCAGAGGAGAAUUCUGCCUAAGCCAACUCGAAAAAGCCAUACAAAAAAUAAGCAAAAGCAUCUCAGGAGCCUUACUUUGACAGCUGUGCAUGAUGCAAUCCUUGAGGAGUUGGUCUUCCCAAGUGAAAUUGUGGGCAAGAGAAUCCACAUGAAACUGGAUGGCAGCUGUCUCAUAAAGGUUCAUUUGGACAAAGCACAGCAGAACAAUGUGGAACACAAGGUUGAAACUUUUUCUGGUGUCUAG